GCCGCUCCCACCUGCUUGCUUACUGGUUCGCACACACGAACGGUCACCUAGCACAGCCUGCCGUCCGGACUCGCCGCGCGCAACAGUGGCCCAGCGUGCCCUUCACCCCCUACCCCUGAACCCUGACCCGGGCCUUGUCUGGGGAACCAGCCGGACCCUAUAAAUCAGCACACCCUGUCAGACACCAGUAUCCCCUCCGUCGUCAUGCCGGACCCUACGCCAGCUCAGGAAGAGUUUGCCGCCUUCUUGGACAAGAAUAGUCGCUCAGACCUUGACCGAAUCCACCCUGAGGACCGCGACGCUGUGGCCGAAGAGUUCGACGACGAGCAAAGCGAGGACGAGGAAGACCGCUACCGGGCAGCACAGAUCGACGCUGCCAUGCGAAUGCCCACAAUGGACACGCGCACAGAAAUCAGACUGCCUCCGCCGUCUUUCGACAGCGGCCGCUCAACCGGUGUGAAGGGCGUCAUCGCCGACGCCAGGUCAUACGAGGCUGCGCGACGCACAAAGUGGAAGGACAGAGUGCGCGCCGCACGCCGCAGCGUGUUCGGUCUAGACACCAGCAGGCAGGGUCGAAGCAGCGAGCUGGAGAGUGAGGGCAGCGGUGCUGAGGACCCUGACGAAGAAGAGUUCCUGAAGCAGUGGCGAGAGAGCCGGCGACGCGAGCUCGAGGAAGAGAGUAAGAACCCCGUGCGGAACAGAAGAACAAGUCCGAGUAUCCGGCUCUACGGUCGCUUUGAUCACGUGGAUGCCCUAGGGUAUCUCGACGCGAUCGAGAAAGUGGGGAGGGAGACGGUAGUUGUCGUGUUUGUCUACGACCACGAGUGCGACGUGUCGGCAGCCAUCGAGUCUGCUCUAGUUCCCCUUGUUAGCACCUACCCGGCCAUCCGUUUUGUUAAGGUGCAUUUUGAGGACAUCGAGUUCGACAAUGCCGGUGUGCCGGCGAUCCUCGCAUAUCGAAACCAAGGAGACCUGUUCGCCAACUUGACCGGCAUCCUGGAGAUGAUUCCAGACGACGACGAUUUCGAUACCGAGUCGCUCAGGAAGCUCUUCAUCCAGCAAGGCAUAUUGUAGGAGAGAUCGGGGGCUUUUUGGCUUCUUUUACAGUGAUGAAACACAUCGUUACGUUGGUUACGGAUCUGGGCCGGACUGGCACGCUCGCCCUGCCUUGCUGACUCUUACGGUUGGCCUGGCCAUCUCGAUUCUCAUUUACACGUGAUGAUCUGGAUGUGCGAGAUGCGAUACAU